GUGUACACAGCGUCUAACUCCAAUGGGACGACCACGGGGAAAACCUUUAAGGUUCACCUUCAGCUCUGGGACACAGCCGGACAGGAGAGGUUCCGCAGCCUGACAACGGCGUUCUUCAGGGACGCCAUGGGGUUCCUGCUGAUGUUUGAUCUCACCAGCCAGCAGAGCUUCCUCAAUGUCAGAAACUGGAUGAGCCAGCUACAGGCCAAUGCCUACUGUGAGAAUCCAGAUAUUGUGUUGGUAGGAAACAAGGCAGACCUGGCCGACCAGCGGGAGGUUCAGGAGAAACAGGCCAAGGAGCUGGCUGAUAAAUACGGAAUCCCGUACUUUGAGACGAGUGCAGCGACGGGAGCGGAGGUGGACAAGGCGGUGAUAACGCUGUUGGACCUGGUCAUGAAGAGGAUGGAGCAGUGCGUCGACAAACCGCCCGUCGAGCCAGCCAAUGGCAACGGGGCCACGAAGCUUGCUGAGGAGCAGCCCAAUGAGAAGAAAUGUGCAUGCUAGAUCAAGAGGCGAUUCAGGAAACGACCAGUCAGCGUUCCUCCGUUCGUCCGUCCUUUCUACUCGCCACAUUCCCUCCUUCUUUUACUUUCUCUGUCAUCUUUGAUUGCAUGUUUGUUCAUCUUCCCUGGUCACUCUCUUCUCUCUAGAACUAAAGUUUAGCCAUCUCCUGCUCCUCUUUUCUUUCUGUUCCUCUCCUUACCCAACUGUCUGGCAAUGAAACAACUCUGUCCCCCUCUAGUGGAUUUUCAAAGUAAUACAGUCUUAGCCUGUUUGCCUUUGAGCUCUGUUUAAGAGGAAAUUAAAACAGGAGGGGACAGUUUCAUCACUGUCAGACACAUAAUGUGCCUCGGUUAAAACAUGCAUUCUGGGAAUUAAGCUCUGCACGCUCCCAAUUUCUCUGCUUGCAAGUGGUUUGAAUGAUUUAAAUUGAUCUAAACAGGCAAAAAGAGAUUUUCAAAAAUGAAUUUGAACUCUUUAAAGUCUCAUCUCUUCAUCACUUCGUAACAGGGGAAGCAUUUUGCUUCCUGUUUAGGCUGUCACUUGAAGACAUCCUAAUCUGGGCCAUAAAGAGUCAGUCUGUGUGUCUGUGUAAAUUAAUUCAUGGUCCUCUCCUGAAACUUUUCCUCCUGGACCAGGCUGACCAACUGUGUGACCAAUGUGUUUCUAUUUUAAUUGUUUGCCCAGUUUCACACUGUUUUCAAUGCUGUACCCAUAUUAGCCACAUAUGGUCAUAUUUCAGUGUUAGACAUUUGUUAAAAAUGCACCACGUUAUACAGUUAGCUACAGUGCCAUAUUGGAGGUCUCUGACACCCGUCUCAGAUUGCUGUGUGUCUGUUUUUUGUUAAUCUAAUGUCAGCUUGUUAGCGUCUAUAGCUAACUUUAGGAUAUGUAUUUUGAAUCCAGCUGUGCAGAUGAAUAUUAGGCCUAUAUUAAAUAUUUUAUUAAAAACAUAACAUAACAAUACAAAAGAUGGAGAUACCCCGACACAAAGCAGAAGAAGCUGAAUAUCCUCUGUCGAGUAUUUCUUUUUCAUAAGCAGAUUAUUUUACUUUAUAGUUACCUUUUCUUUGUAUCCUGAUUACUCCACAAGCCUGCUGUAUAAGACAUUUUGUAGCUAGCCAUCUACAGACGAGCUAACGUUUAGGGCGUCAGAGCCUGGCAGUGUUAGCUGUGGCUACAAGUGGGACGCUAAUAUUAACAAAAGCAGCUGAUUUGUGUUUCUAGUAAAGAUGGUUUGCAAUGUUUUAGUAACUUUCAUACAGAGACAAAUCAAAUAGAGAAAAACCUAUCACAAUACUUUUGUAUCAGUCUUCUCACCACACCAACAACAUCUUGUUUAAGUUGUCGUUUUCUGUGCCAGUGCUUCAAGGUUUUCUAGUUUCUAGUUUAGCUAACGUAAUUUACCGUGCUUUUGUUCCUUUGUACAGGAGUGCCAUAUGAUAGAUUAGAAGUAGCUUUGUUUGGGUACUGUGGACACUUUUACAUUAUACUGAUAACAUGAGAUACUUUGUCAUUUUGCUAGUGCUUCAGCUAGCUCUCUGUCAGCUGCCCGGUUGGUUUACUUAUUCUCCAUUAAACCUCAAUGAUGGUGCCAGACUGGCUGAUAGCAGAUAGUACACCUUUCAUAUUGUAGGACGAAUAUGGGUACAGCAUGGCACACGUGAAAUGGCGAAAAAAAGCCUACAUUGUAUAUUAUUAAAUAGAUGUAUUGUUCCACACUGAUCUACUGCCUUGGCUUUUAAAGUGUUAUUCCACUGUGGCGGAACAGACUUUAACCUCUGUGUGUGAGAGUUUGAGAUAAGUCAGCUAAAAAUAUCUGCUGCUCUGGGGAGGCAAUGUCACCGUAACUUGCUAACAUUUGCGGAAAAUGUAAAUCUAAAAAAGUUAAUGGCUAUUUACAGAUUACAGAUAGAACAAACAUGACAUGUACUGUAAGUCAUUAUAAAUGCAUUGAAAAACAGUUCAAUUAACUAUAGAAGAUAAUUAGGUCUAAUCAGAAUCAUUAUCAUGAAAAUGGCCUUUCUGAGAAUGGAAAAAUACCAGAUGUCAGUUAGUUGGGUGACAUGGGCUUUUCAGGGCAGCUGGUUUUAAAUGUUGAACUCUCAUCUCUUUAUAACAGGUAAUCAGACAAAGUGAAAUAUCGCUUUAAGGCCCCAUACAUGACCAAUGUUGUUAGAAUAUAAAGUGACCAAUUAUUUAUAUUAAAAGAAAUGUAAAGCAUAGAUUAUUAUUUGCGUUGUCAUAUUUUUGUUAUGUUCUUUAUAUCUCACACUCGCACUCAUAUCCUUUCUUUCUUUCUUUUUUAAUUUUAACGUCCAUCAAGAGAAAAUUAUUUCCACCAUUUAUUUCAUUGCUAUAGUGCUCUUAAGCUCAAUUGUCAAAUUAACCCAAAAAUGACAAAUUAAUCAAUCAAGUGUGUCUAACAUGAAGAAAAUACACUAUUAUAAACUCUUGAAGUACAGUAGAAAUUGAUUAAGACUAUUUCUCUUUGGUCUGAACUGGACUUCUUUGGUUCAACACUUGAAGUUACUGUGGACCAACUUUUUUGUGUCUCCAAAGUUGUGUUUUGUUGCUUAACACUACAUUGUUUUUUAAUUGCAUACCAGACCAUUUAACAGUUGCUGUGCAGAAAACCUAAUGAAAUCAUGUUACACUGAAAGGAAAUUCAGUUUAAGAGUUCAGUUUAAAAGGCUGCAUGUUUUGUACCGUGAUGCUACGCUUGAGCAUAGCAAAAAACAUGAGUCUUCAGAAGCCAUUUAAAGGUAAACUUACAAAAAAUGAAAAAUAAAUCUGUUCAUUUAAAUGUCAAAACUCAGCUUUGAGUCCGAGAUGAUCUCUUUUGUUUUAAGUGCAACUCAACAGUUUUCAUUAUAUCAAGUAACACCUUGAUCUGCCUUACUUCAUGACAAAUCUUGAGCCGAGUUGACGUGUACCAGAAACAAGGGAAAUGGUCUUUUUGCUUGCCACCUGCUGGCAGCUAAAUCCUUAUUUUGUCCGUCAGUGAGCCAACGGGAGGGUUUAGUCCCAACUCACAGCUGCAUAAUAUUAGGAUUACUGCAGGUUGGUUUUCAAAGUGUUCUGAAACCAGUGGCUGCCAAAUGGGUCAGCAGUAACACGAAGUAUACUGCAUGUGUGGCUUAUUAAUGGCCUGGUGUGGUCAUUUUAAAGAUGAUAAAAUUCUGAAUGUUUUUCAGUAACAUUUUUAGCAUUUUGCUCUAUGGAUCCAUACAAAAAUAAGUUAAAGCGCCAUACAGCUUUGGCUUCAACUCGUUGUCACCUAUAUUUAAUCUGCCAGUGUGCCAAAUGAAAAAAGGAAACGACAAAAACGAGCGAUUGCUUGCGACAAACCCAAACCUCAUUCUGCUGUUCACUCAGAGAAACUGCCUUCACAGUGAGAAAAAUGUGUUUUGUGCUGUAUUUUGUUUAAGAGCCAAGCAGAGUCAUCUGCCAACAGCUGAUCCCUGUGCCAUAUUAAACACUCACUGCUGUUAAUUCGCUAAUUAUAAAGACAUAAGGAGAUGGCUCACACUGUAACAUCCUCUCACAGUUACUUAUCAGGAUAACUCUGAUAAUGUUCCCAUAAAAUUCUGUAUCUCUGUAGGUUUGGUUGCACUGUUUCCGUUUCAAUGUCACUUUUCUUUUGUUCAAAUCUCUGUUUGAUCUUUUAUGAAUCAUAAUGUACAGGUUACAUACUUCUAAACUUACAGAAGCAGCUUUGUGAAAUCCUCUGAACACAGGUUUUUUUUUUUUUCUUUGCUCCAACUUUAGUCCAUGAAACAAGUCCUGUUAAGCAAGUGAUAUUUUAGUAGAAUUGUAUCAUUACUGAAACUAAAACGUUAGGAGCAGUGGCACAAGUUAAAAACACAGCAUUGACAUAUUAUAACUUUAUAAAGUUCUUACGGCCAUAAGGCUGGUGUUAGCAAACAGCUGCAGACACAGAGUGAUAUUUUCAGUCCAUUGGAGUAGAGUUUGUGUCCAUCUGAUAAAUAUAUUUCCAAUAUUUACUAUCCUCUUUAGCUCUGUUUUGGUCUCCACCAGCGAAUGAGAAAAAUAUAUAGCUAGGUGUCUAUGGCAGGUAGUGUACAGUGGGUGUAUCAGCUGCCCGCUGCUGGAAAAGGGUUUGAUGAGACUAAACCUUACGUUAAAUGUGCCGUAAAACCAAAACAAUGAGCUGAAAGAGGCUAAAAAGCUCUGUAUCGUGCUGCAUAAUUCUUGGUAGGUUCAUUAUGAGUGUCACAUUUUGCAUAACACAAUGUUACUAUAAAAACAUUGAUUAGUGCAGCUUUAAAUGUCUCAUACAUGUCUUUAAAAUCACUAAUCAGGUGUGUUACUUUUUCUCAGUUUUUGUUAAGUUUCCAUGUUUUUGGUAAAACAGUUAAAUUGUGACUUGGGAAAAUAAUGACAUGGUUGUACAUAAAUGUAAUACAGCCUUAUUGAUGAGGGUGACUGGCAACACAUUUUGGUUUAAAUGCAGAAUUAAAAAAAGAUUCUUAUUUCUCCAGUAAUUUUAGUACAUUUAUUUUGCAAUUACAAAAAAAGAAAAAUGAAAAUGAAUUCUUAAGAUCUACCCAACAGCUCAGAUCAAAUAAAGCAAGGGGACAAAAGUAGGUAAAAUAAAAAGCAUCGACUAUGUCAAGUUAAUGCUGCUUUUCUUGGAGUCCAAAUUCCCAGUGCUCCUCACCCAGAUGGACGACCAUUUUCCUGCAUAUGUUGAACCAAUGCCUUUUAAUUGUGACAAUUGUUUGAACCAAUUUGUCAGCUUUUAUCUGAGCCCUUCUUUUUGUGUUGCUCAUUAUAUUUUCUUAAUUUUGAUUGAACUUUAAUAAUACAUUUGUCUUCUGAUGUCAUUUUGCUUAAAUUCAGUAUUCAGUUGUGCCACAGGUGUGUCUGACAUCUACCAACAUUACAUUUAUUUUCGCUGUAGUCAUGUUUUUUCCUAGCAUCUGUUUAAUAAGUCUUAAAUGGUUUUGGUAGUUUUUGACUUCACUUUGAAAGUUUACACUGUUUGGAGAGUCAUGUUGUGCCUGUUAUUAUUAACUCUUCUGUCUGAUCCUCUGUAAAGUUUGUGAGCUACUGAGUAUUUUAAUGCAUUACUGAUUAUAGAUUACAAAGCAGAGAGAGCAGAGACCAGACGUCAUGAUGUUGUUUUUGUGCCCAAUAUAUCAAAACAAUGUAUCACUCCAAGUACCUCUAAGAGCUUUUUUAUUUUUGGAAAUCCUCUGUGUGUGAAUUCUCUCUGAUGCCUGCGGUUUGUACACGUUUCUUCGGUUUUCACUGCGUGUAUCGAUGCCUGUGUGUGUUUGUUGGGUUUGUUGCACCGUCAGCAUGUUUGACACAAUAAGAAUGAAAUGACCUGUGAUGCGUUUAAUGUUUCUGAUGUCAGAGCUGCAAAUAAAUCUGUUUGUUUUA